AUGAAGCAUAAACGCGCGCUUUUGCGGGACAGGGCACCCCGGACGUGCAUGCAGACAGCCGAUCCCGUCGCCGGUGUUCAGAGAAGAAAAGAAGCAAUGUCGCCAGAGACACCACGAAAGCAAGACGACAAGAGCAAACUGGAGGACGAACUUCGGCUGCGCCAGUUCACCGAGGAAGUCCUAGACUCACGGCAGGAGGAGCUUGAAGUUCAAGAAAAAGAGAAUUCCACGUUAUCAAAGAAACUGGAGCUGUUGCAGCAAGAAUUGAAAGAAGCGCAAAGCCAGCUCGCACAAGCUCGCACACAGUCCAACAAAGCCGAAGAGAGCAAAAAUCAGGGCAUUCGCUCAUCUCCAAGGAGGAGAGACAUUACAGAGAUUGAAGCGCAGGAAGCAUAUCAAAGUUUGUGUGAGAGUGUCAAGCGUUGGGUUGAGUAUCGGAUUCGACCUGUCUUGGACGAUCUAGCCAGCGGCCACUUUCGCUGCCAGCCAACUCCAGCUCAGUCAACAAGGUUCGUAUCCCUGAUGAGAGAGCCAGCAACAAGCUGUCUCAAUGUGUGGCAUUCCGAUGAAUAUCAUUUUACGGCUAUUAUUAUGCAAUAUUUGUGGCUAGUGUUCUUCGCCAAAUCAUUCUACUGUCCUCUGGAUGAUGGGGAUGGUGAGACUACUGUUGCUUGGAUCGAUGAGCUGGAGAGCGCGAUAUCCAAACUGCCUCGAGAUAUACAGCAUUGUAGAGAGUGGAGAUCUGAGACACUUACGGCUUUGACCAGCCAGAAAUCUUUCAAAUCCAGAAAAGCAGCAUAUCUCAACCUCAUUACCGAAGAUCUUGCCUCUCUCUUAACAGUUGCAGUGCCAUAUGUAACUGCUGCAGAACUGCAAAACUCUCUUCGGACAAGCAUCAUUGAUCCGGCAGUGGACCUUACACAUCGAUUGCAGCUUUCUCCAAAUAUAUUCUCUCUAAGGUGGCCAGCACGAAGCGCGAGAUCAAAACUGGAUACUUAUGAAUGUAUCAACCUCGCCGAUAGAGGAGCCAUUAUGAACUCGGGCGAAAAUGGCAAAUCAACCGAGGCUCUUAAAAACGCAUCGUAUCUAUUCGAUAUUGCUCCAGGUCUCUUUGUCGAGACAGUCUCCGGAGCAAAGAAGUCGACAGCAAAAGCUAUUUGCAAGCCAACAGUUUUGGUGUAUGGAGGAGAUAAGGAUGGCGAUAUUCCACAAAAGACUAUGACGUUGACAAGACUGUUGUGGGAUUUUGCAAACGGAUCAAAGGGGCGAUCUCUUGGUCCAUCGCGAAAUGUAUCACCCAAAAGUAAGACCCUGAUCUUGAGGCGGCAUCGCUCAAAGCUCUGA